CGGAGGUCCCGGCGUCGGUGUCGGUGUCGGUGUCGGUCCCGGUCAGUCAGUUAGUGAGUCAGUCAGUCAGCGGGCAGAGGAGCAGCAGAGGAGCAGCAGAGGAGCAGCAGAGGAGCAGCAGAGGAGCAGCAGAGGAGCAGCAUGACCGGCGUUGAGGAGGCGGCGCUCCUCCUAUAAAUCCUCCGCGCAGUCAGCGGGCGCUCAGAGGCGAGACGGCCGAGCGGAAGCGCAGCGAUCCCGGCUGCCUUUCCUCCCCCCGGCCCCCUCAAGCCCCCUCAAGCCCCCUCAAGCCCCCUCAAGCCCGCUCCGGGGUUGUGACAUGCCGGUUCGGGACAUCGCGGAGCUCCGGCCGGUGACGCUUCAGCGGACUCGCCGUCCUCCUCCGCGGCACUUUGCACUUCUCUAGCGGGACUUUUUCUUCUGGAUGUCCCGGAGCUGACAUGCGGGCCUCUAACAGGUCCGCCGGGCGCGUGUGAGGUCAAAGUUCAGCCCAACUUGGACAUGUGAGAAGUUCGGGGGGCAACCCCCCCCCCCCCCCCCCACGCUGUCUUUCUCACGCACGCACGAGCACGCGCACCGCGGACCAGACAUGUACUCUCCUCUAUGUCUCACGCAGGAUGAGUUCCAUCCGUUCAUCGAGGCUCUGCUGCCGCACGUGCGCGCCUUCGCCUACACCUGGUUCAACCUGCAGGCCAGGAAGAGGAAGUACUUCAAGAAGCACGAAAAGAGGAUGUCCAAGGAGGAGGAGCGCGCCGUCAAGGACGAGCUGCUGGGCGAGAAGGCGGAGGUCAAGCAGAAGUGGGCGUCCCGCCUGCUGGCCAAGCUGCGCAAGGACAUCCGGCCCGAGUUCCGCGAGGACUUCGUGCUGACGGUGACGGCCAAGAAGGCGCCGUGCUGCGUGCUGUCCAACCCCGACCAGAAGGGCAAGAUGCGGCGCAUCGACUGCCUGCGCCAGGCGGACAAGGUGUGGCGCCUGGACCUGGUCAUGGUCAUCCUCUUCAAGGGAAUCCCUCUGGAAAGUACGGACGGCGAGCGCCUGGUCAAGUCGCCGCAGUGCGCCAACCCCAGUCUGUGUGUGCAGCCGCACCACAUCGGCGUCUCCGUCAAAGAGCUGGACCUCUACCUGGCCUACUUCGUGCACGCAGAAGGCGGCCAAUCAGAGAGCCCGAACCAGUCCAAUGAUGCCGACAUCAAAGACCAGGCGGAGAAUGGUCAUCUGGGCUUCCAGGACAGUUUUGUCACACCAGGAGUGUUUACAGUGGCCGAACUUGUACGAGUAUCGCAAACGCCCAUCGCUGCUGGGAGCGCUCCUAACUUCUCGCUGGCCGACCUGGACAGCUCCUCCUACUACAGCAUGAGUCCAGGAGCCAUGAGGAGGCCCCUCCCCAGCACCUCCUCCUCCAGCUCAGCCAAGAGGAUCAAGUGCAUGGAGGAGGACGUGGACAGUCCGGGGGAGGAGUCUUACUAUCCCCCUCAGGGGCGCUCGCCAGGCAGCGGCAGUCAGACCAGCAACUGGCACGAGGAGCCAGGAUAUAAGCUGCGUGGCUCGCUAGCUAGCUCCUUCAUCUCCCGACAAGGGAUGGCGUUGGCCGGCGGCGCCUUAAAGAGGUCAGCUUUCUACGAGGCCACGCCUCCACCUACUGGCCACGCCUCCUCCUCCUCUUCUUCUUCUUCUUCUUACUCCUCCCCCCGAAUGGCUUUCACGCAUCAUCAUCGCCCCGUCAUUACCGCACCUCGAGCCAGCCCCCACGCCCCCCCCUCCAGCCUGCAUUUCUCCUCCUCCCCCAUCCUGCAGCAGCCCGCCUCCUACUUCUCCCACCCGGCCAUCAGGUACCACCCCCAGGAGACCCUCAAGGAGUUUGUGCAACUGGUGUGUCCUGACUCCGCCCAGCAGGCCGGACAGGUGGGCUUCCUCAACCCUAAUGGUAGCUCGCAGGGAAAAGUCCACAAUCCUUUCCUGCCCACACCUAUGCUGCCCCCCCCUCCUCCUCCUCCCAUGGCCCGGCCCGUACCGCUGCCAGUCGAUGCCAAGCCGCCCUCCACCUCCUCCACUGAGGGAGGGGGGAACUCACCCACCUCACCCACCUACUCAGCCCCGCCCACCACAUCUCCUGCUCAGAGAUUUGUCAGCGUGGGACCACGAGACCCCGCCUUCAACAUCCCGCAGCAGCCGCAGUGGUACCUGGGAUAACGAAUCCAGAGGCCCCUCCCCCCGCGUGCACCUGUACAUCAAUGGCUGCAGCCCCUCCCCCAAUCCGACAAGAACGAUGUCCCGCCCCCCCUGCGCUUUCCUCCCCCAACGCGCCUGACUCCGCCCCCACCAGCAUCAGCAUGGCUCGGGCGGGUCCAAGGGUCCGGUCAGGUGACUGUCUGGGUCACAUGACUUUGUUUGGUGCCAGCCCCGCCUCCCGAGCCCUCCCUUUUUUUGAGGGGUGGGGCCAAGACUGACGGAGCCACACCCUCCCCGCCCAAGGACAAGGAAGAUGUGGGCGGGGCUUGUUCAGGUUUUCUUUUCUCUUCACAAGAUUUUGGCUCCUCCCCCUCCAGGUGAGGAAAGUGCAAUCGUGUUGGCUAGCUCGUUAGCGAGCUCGCGGCUUCUUUUUCCCAGCAGUCCGCUCGCACCUCUGGACUCUAAACUAGUGAGGUACAAAAGACUUCUCCUCUUUUUCUUCUUCUUCUUCUUCUUCUUCUUCUUCUUUGUUGGUGGUGGAAAUCCCUUUAAAAGACUGACAUUAAGUUAUUUGCUAAAGGAGCACACGUUUAGUUUGUUUAAAUCCACGACAAUGUGACUUUCAACCUCCUUGCUUCCUGUUUGCCAGAUAAUCUCCAGGGGGCGUGGCCUGGCCACAAGCUGCUCUGCGAUUGGCCGUCUCUCCAAGAGGGCGGGUCCAGUCCACAGCACUUAGAAUCAGGGGGCGUGGCCUGGUGAGGACUAUCUAUGUACAUGACUAUACAGUAAAUAUGAACAUAUAGAAUAUAUACACCUGCAUGUCGUAGUGUUAGUGACCUAGAUGAUGUAGUUAGUCACAUGACGUCGCCGCUUCCUUUUCUAUCUGCCGCUAACUCCUCCCCCCGCCCCUCCUUUUUGUGAAACGAAGGCUUGGCCUCGACUUUGUCCUCCAAUCCAGUAGUCAGGAAGGAGGACUUCAGGCCAAUAAUCAAGUUAGUGCCUGGAUGAACUCCAACACUUAACCAGUCUGAUAGACUUUCAACCCAUCAGUCGUCGAGGCAACUGAUGGCCAUGAAGCUUAUUUCAGCGAAGGCCCUCCCGGUGCUGGUCAUGUGACGCUUCCUGUCGCGCUGAUUCCUGAGAGGAAGGGCGACGACUUCGUUAUGCAAAACUUGCACUUCCUGUCGGCUUUUUCGUUCUCUUCCUGUCAACCAAAGUUAGCACGCGACCGGUGCCGCCUAGUGGCCGGUCCCUAAAAAAAACAUAUGAUAACCACGAAAGCCCCCCCCCCCCUCCCCCGUGACAAUCUCGCCAAGCUGAGCCGCCAUCACUGACGGGGGGGCGGGGACAUCCUCCCCGGACUCUGCGGUCACUAACGAGCCUUAACGAGUCCCGAAGGUGUUUACACUUUUUCACGUGAUCGCCGACUUCCUUUCCUGCUGACGUGCACUAAAGCCCGCCCCCGGGGGGUCGCUAUAGGUGUGUCCCUGCCCCGCCCCCCCACACACACUUUUUUCUUUUUGUGUGCUUGUAAUGAUGAUGAUGAUGACUCAGCAUCCUCCUCCUCCUUUGUGGCGCUCAUUCCACGCAAAAAUAAACUAGAUCAAGAUUCUUUUUUUUUUGGUUUGUUUCUUUUCCAUGGCUUUCUUUCCCCAAACUUCCUCAUCUCCAUCCGCUGGCCCCGCCCACAUCACCGCUAGCCCAUCGCAGCGGCACGAGGCUGCCGAUUGGACGGCGCAGGCUCAGAUUGUUUGUUCGACGGCGAGUUGACGCUUUCUUGUUGCCAUGGCGACACGUAAGGAGGUGAUUUAGAAGCCCCUCCCUCCAUCGACCUGAUACUUUCCUGCAGGAGACCAAUCAAUGCUGUUUGUGCUGACUUCAGCAAUAAACCCCUCUGCGUCGCCACGGCAACACUUCAAACGAGCCAGCACCUGCGCCCCGCCCCCUUCGUCCAGUUGGGGUCGAUAGAGGUGUCUACCACAUGUCCAUGCUGCUUUGAUCGGGACGAGAAAUUUCCACACACAAAGUGGGCGUGUCCCGUGAACACACACCUCCAACACUUGAGGCUGCAGUGGGAGCACCACGUGACAUCAUCAUCAUCAUCAUCAUCACAAUGAGGGCGACAUCCCAGCAUGCACCGCUCCACCCAUCCUUGAACUCUCCUGUGCCUCUUUGACGCCACCUUCUGUCCACUUCCUGUGUCCACCAGUGGCACUUCCUGUCCCCCAACAGAAAAAGCGUCUCUAUGCAACAGAACUACAACAAAAUAAAGACGCUCACACGCA